CAUAGCCCAAAAUUCACCCAAACUUCUUUUGACCUGCAGAUAAGUGAGUCUACUGUGCCAGGCACUCGGUUUAUCUUAGAAACAGCUGAAGAUGCAGAUAUUGGUUUAAAUGCCCUGCAGCUUUAUAAACUCUCUCUUAGCCCUAUUUUCUCAUUGAUAAAUAAAGAGAAACAAGAUGGCAGUAAAUACCCAGAACUGGCAUUGGAGAAACGUUUAGACCGGGAACAACAGAGUUACCAUCGUUUAGUUCUGACUGCCUUGGAUGGUGGAGAUCCUCCGUUCAGCGGCACCACUGAGCUCCGGAUCCAGGUCACUGAUGCCAAUGAUAACCCCCCUGUAUUCAACCAGGACGUUUACAGAGUAAGCCUUCGAGAAAACGUGCCCCCAGGCACCGUAGUGGUGCAGGUAUCAGCCACUGACCAAGACGAGGGCGUCAACUCUGAAAUCACUUACUCCUUCUACAGGACCGGGCAAGUCUUCAGUCUGAAUUCAAAGAGCGGGGAAAUUACAACUCGAAAGUCUCUGGAUUUCGAAGAAAUCAAGGAAUAUUCUAUAGUGGUGGAAGGGAGGGAUGGUGGAGGAUUGGCUGCACAAUGUACAAUUGAAAUUAACAUUCAAGAUGAAAAUGACAACCGUCCAGAAGUUACAUUCCAUUCUCUAGCGGAAAUGAUUCUGGAAAACGCACGGCCAGGAACGCUAAUUGCUUUGAUCAAAAUACAUGAUCGAGAUUCCGGGGAGAACGGGGAGGUUAAUUGUCGAUUAGAGGGUGAAGUUCCUUUUCAGAUAAUCUCUUCAUCUAAAAAUUCAUAUAAGUUAGUAAUAGAUAGGACUCUGGACCGAGAACAGACCCCAGAAUACAAUGUCACCAUAACAGCCACUGACAGGGGCAAGCCGCCCCUCUCCUCCAGCACUAGUGUCACUUUGAUCAUUACUGACGUCAAUGACAAUGCUCCAGUUUUUCACCAGGCUUCCUACGUGGUUCACGUGAUGGAGAACAACCCUCCUGGAGCAUCUAUCGCCCAAGUCAGCGCCUCGGACCCCGACCUGGGGCCCCACGGUCGCGUCUCCUACUCCAUCGUGGCCAGCGACCUGGAG